UCGAUCCCUUCUCCAACGGAUUAGUCUCGUCUAGUGCAAUUGAUUAACGUAAUUGAUAACGUUUGGGUGUUGAUUAUUAAUGUAUAAGAAUAUUGUAGACAUAUUUUUGGUAGGCGAUGAGUUACUGUUUUGGAUGGUAGUAGGUUCCGUUGUAUAUUUUGUCGUAAUUUUCGCCGUGAUAUAUACGUGUAGAUUGAGACUAAUACUCAUAUCUUUAACAAAAAGAUAUAUACGUGUAGAGAAUAGUUGGAAAGAAGAUAGCAAUGAACGAUUCUGUAUUUAUUAUGUUUUUCUUUUUGAUUUGCUUGAUUUGAGUAGAUAUUUUAAUAUGCUUAUAUUUUUGGAAGAUUAAAUUUAUGAGAUUGUUGUUAAGCUUAGUUUUUUCAUGAUUUCACGGCGAUGGGAUCCUGGAAAUGGAGGCGGCGAACGGGUGGAUCUACAGGAACAGCAAGGCAUGGAGUGGGGGUUCUUAGAUUGGGCGAUGUUACCGAAUCUCAGGGGAUUUGAUUUGGAUAUACGGAAUGGAUAUUUUGGAAAAUUAAGAAGGACUGUUUCAGAGAUCUCGAUUACGAUUUCGAUCAUCAUCAAGACGAAAUCACAGAGAUCUACAGGUAUUGAGUCUGGCGGUUUAAAGAUUCUGUAUUGUUUCUCUUUUAAGGAGAAUGGGGAAGUACAAAGGCGAUAUGGAGAGUUGUGAUUUCUAGUGUUUAUGAUAAUAAAAUUCCAUGGAGAAGAUUGGGAACGAGAUUUCACAAAGAAUAUCAGUUGGAGAUAUAUGGAAUUAAAGGGGAUCAACCUUGGCUCGGGUAUUUGGAAAGUGGGAUUUAUUAUAAAGGGGAUAUUGGGUCUCUGUUUUAUUGGAACUCAUCGAAUCAAUCUUGUACGUUUUUCUACAGAACAAAACAAGGUCUUUCUCUCAUUUUGUUCAUCAUGACACAGGGGCAACUAGUGGGUAACGGUGGGGAUAUGAAAGAAGGAGAGAGUGCUCGAAAAAGAUUGAAGAUUACGGUGCCUCACUUCGACAACUCGGCGCUCAUCAAGACCUACUCCAAAACUCUGAUUGGAAGGUGUAUGAAUCCUCCGGAGCAAGAUAUGAAGGCUUUGAUCCAGAAUGUACCUAAGAUAUGGAAGUUGGAGGAUCGGGUGAUUGGGACAGACUUGGGGUUUGGCAAGUUUCAAUUUGAUUUUGAAACGGAGAAUGAUAUUGAUGCGGUCAUGAAGCUUCAGCCUUAUCAUUUUGAAUACUGGAUGCUUGCUUUGGCGCGGUGGCAACCAAAGAAGAAUCAACUAUUCCCAUCCGAAAUCACUUUUUGGGUUCGAGUGAUUGGUGUUCCAAUGGAGUUCAGGACGACCCCAACUUUUGAAAGCCUCGGCGAGGCACUUGGAAGAUUAGUAGCAGUGGAUGUGGAACAUUGUCGAGUUCAAGUGGUGGUGGAUGCGUUUCAAGAGUUAUGCUUUGAAACCACUUUGGACUUCAAAGGGGGUGAGUUCUACGAUGGCGAGGAAGUAAAGACCUCUUUGAGGUAUGAGAAACUGUUCGGGUACUGUGAUGUUUGUUCGAGUCUCUGUCAUAAAGAGGAGCUAUGUCCUCUGUCAAAGAAGACUGUCGCGAUGGCGAGUCCAGAGAAGAGAAGGAAAGAUAGAGAAGGGAACGGGGGUUGGUAUGAUGGGGGGAAGCAUGACGAUCGAGCACGGAGCUAUAAGGGGGUAGUCAUCAAUGGAGCUCCGAAACAACAAUACAAAGAGCGAGAUGGCCGCGACUACCAUGGGAAGGGCAAGGGCAAGAUGACUGAUGAGGCUGACUUGAAAUGGGUUAAGGCGGCUGAUAGAGGAAACAAGGGAUCCUCUAAUGGCCACAAAGGCUACCGCGGAGAUGGCGAGGGCUCGAGAUACAGAAGUUCACGGAGAGAUGAGACUAAGGUUGAUACUCAAGAGGGCCAUGGUAGGACUUUAUCAGGACACACAGGGGCUCAGCAGGUUCAUGGUACAGUAAGGAGUGAGGCGAAGGAAGAUGGAGAGAUUAGGGAUCCUGUGGUGAUCGACAAAAUACUUCCCUCUCAAGAAUUCCAUGAACAACUUGUUAAGACUCAGACGUUGGGAACAGAAGCUAUCUCAGAUCUUAUGGAGGUGGAGAAGGGGCUCCAAAUGAUUCAGGGUUUGGUGGAGAAACAACCGGUUUUGGAGGAUGAUAAGGUGAUGAAUAUGGAUGAGUUUCGAGCUGUCUUUUUGGAGCAUGGAAUUGAUUUGGAUGCGGCAGAUAGCUUACCAGACGUUUCUGAUAGUGAGCUGGAGGAGAUGAUGAAGGAACAGGAGGAGGGUGAUAACACCCAGAGGGAGCUGGAGAUAGGCACUAACGCUGAGAAGAAGGAGCAGGUUGAUGAAGUAACAGGGAAGAAGCAUGCUUCUCGCAAGAGACUGCUUAAGGCCUCAUUGGGUACCGCAGUGAGCACGAAGAUGAGGAUUGCGUCUGCGCUUGCUUCGCCGCGGAAACGAGCUCCGACCAAGAUAGGCACACGCCAUGGAGAUAACGUCAAGCAGUAGGAGAGCAAGGGACCCUCAAUCCCGAAGAGUGGAAUGCCAAAACAUAGGUUUUAUGAAUCAAGUUUUCUCUGUUGUUUUAAGUGGGCGGGGUUUUAAUUUUCGUAUUGGGUUUUACUUUUUUAAAAUAAGUUCUAUGAGCAAGUAUGGUGUAGUUGGUUCAAAUGGUAGCACGGUUUCUUUUUGCGGUUUGGGUUUAAGGUGUCCUCUUUGUCCUUUUAAUCUUGUUAUGUGGUUUGGGAAUAAAAAGGAACUUUCAUGGAUUCAACAUUGGGUUCAUCUUAGAUGGUUUUCCGUGGUUAAUCUACAGGUAUCUCUUGGUAUAAUGGUGCUAGGUGGAUUCUCUGGCGAUGACUUUUGGAAUGUAUGGGAGAGUUGGAUUAGAUCUAGUACACAUAAUGUCACUAAUAAUUGGUUUUUUCUUACCAUUAUCUUGGUCGGGUGUGUAAAGCCAAAUUGGCUAGGUAAUGGGUUGGUAUUAGUGGCUUUGAAUGUAAAGGGUGUGGCCCAAAAGCAGUAUGAACAAAUGCUUGCGAUUUUGGUUCUUAUGGCCACAGUAGCUAUUUUUUUAAAUAAGAUUCAUUAUAAGGAUUCUACGGGGAGAAUUAGUAGGGGAGAUUCGAGGAAUAAUUAUUAUAAUUUGCAUUGCCUUGGAUAUGUGGAUAUAUUUGAACUGCAAUGGAUUAGAUUCUUUAUGACAUGGACUUGUCUUAAUAGAUUUCCUCGAUUGAUUUCGAGAUCAUGGUUAUCGAGAAUGAGACUGAACUCGGGUGUUUCAAGGGGGCCUUUGUUAUUAAAUCACAGUUAUAAUAAUAAUGGUUAUCGGAAUGUGGCAUUACGUCAAGGUGUGAUGGAACUAUAUAGGGGUUUUGUAUGUGUUGAAUGUGUAACAAUUGCUCUGGUAUGGUGGUUAUGGAAUGUUGGCGUUUUCCGGUCUUUGGGUGACCUCAAGCCUGAAUCCUCUAGCUCGCAUGAGCAAUAUAAAAAUAUUUUUUUAUGAAAAUACUAAGUUGGAAUUGCAGAGGACUUGGAAGUCACUGGACCAUAAGUUAUCUUAAGGAAAUACGGCAUAAGCAUAAACCAGAUUUUUUAUUUUUGUCAGAGACGAAACAGGAGUUUGAAUUUGUUCAAAAAUUUCAGGCUCACUUUGGAUAUGAUAGCUUGGUUACUGUGGAUCCAAGCGGGAGAAGUGGUGGUUUGGCUCUUUACUAUAACAAUGAAUAUCAAGUAAAAAUAUUAUACUCUAGUAAUAGAAUGAUUGACAUAGAAGCGGUGUCUAAUGGGAAACAAGUCUUUCUUACUUUCGUUUAUGGAGAUCCGGUUCAAAAGCUAAGAGAACAGGUAUGGGAACGCUUAACUCGAUACGGAUUAGCACGAUCUGAAACCUGGUUUAUUAUUGGCGAUCUAAAUGAGAUUACUGGGAAUCAUGAAAAGGAUGGGGGGUCUCUAUGGAGUGUAGCUUCUUUUAUCCCUUUUAAUAAUAUGAUAAGGAAUAGUGGUUUAUUGGAAUUUCCGGCUCGGGGAAAUAAGAUGUCAUGGCAAGGUCGGAGAGGUAAAGGGAAAGGAGCAUUUACGGUUAGAUGUCGACUGGAUAGAGCUUUGGCUAAUGAGGAAUGGCAUACUCUUUUUCCAUAUUCUUAUACAGAAUAUUUGAGAUUGGUGGGAUCGGAUCAUCGACCUGUGGUAGCCUUUUUGGAAGAAAAAGUACCAGGAAGGAAAAGAGGACAGUUUAGGUUUGAUAAACGAUGGAUUGGUCAAGAAUGGCUUAUGGAAUCAAUAGUAUCAGGAUGGACAGAAAAUCAGGAAGGCCGUUCAGAGGAUUUCAUCACAAAGAUUGGUAAUUGUCGUCAUGAAAUUUCAUAAUGGCGGAAAAAUAAUCAACCAUAUGGGAAGGACAAAAUUCAGAAUCUCCAAAAUGCGUUGGAAGAAGUACAAACUGAUAAUAAUAGGUCACAAGAGGAUAUUAUUGAGAUAUCUAGGAAAUUACAAGAGGCCUAUAAGGAUGAAGAGGAAUAUUGGCAUCAGAAGAGUAGAAAUAUGUGGUAUUCAUCUGGGGACCUAAAUACUAAGUUUUACCACGCUCUGACAAAGCAACGUCGGGUCAGAAACAAAAUAGUAGGCCUCCAUGAUGAAGCGGGUAAUUGGGUCACUGAAGAGAACAGUGCUGAGAAGGUGGUAGUAGAUUACUUUGAGGAUUUGUUUAGAUCAACAAACCCAAGGGAGUUUGAUAGUUUUUUGGAGGAGAUAGGUCCAUCUAUUUCCCCUCAGAUGAAUCAAAUGUUACUGCGAAGAGCAACGGAGGAAGAAGUUCGACAAGCGUUAUUUAUGAUGCAUCCGGAGAAAGCGCCUGGCCCAGAUGGAAUGACAGCCCUUUUUUUCCAGCAUUCCUGGAAUGUCAUUAAGAAGGAUGUGGUUGAGUUGGUCAAUAAUUUUUUGAUUACAGGUGAUAUGGAUUCACGGUUGAACAUAACAAAUAUUUGUAUGAUUCCAAAGAUAGAGAGACCAUCAAGGAUGACGGAACUACGACCGAUAAGCCUAUGCAAUGUAGGUUAUAAGAUCAUUUCGAAGGUUCUGUGUCAAAGAUUAAAAAAUUGUCUUCCCCAGCUAAUUUCGGAGACACAAUCGGCUUUUGUGGCAGGAAGGUUAAUAUCGGAUAAUAUUCUUAUUGCGCAGGAGAUGUUUCAUGGUUUGCGAACCAACAAAUCCUGUCAAUAUAAGUUUAUGGCAAUUAAAACGGAUAAGAGUAAGACAUAUGAUCGGAUAGAGUGGAAUUUUAUAGAGGCCCUUCUUAAUAAAAUGGAAUUUGAUGCACAUUGGGUUAAGUUAAUGUGUGAGUGUAUAUCUUCAGUUCAAUAUAGAGUUUUACUCAACGGGCAGCCGCGUGGUCUCACUAUACCUCAACGAGGAUUACGUCAAGGGGACCCAUUAUCCCCUUAUUUAUUUAUUAUGUGUACAGAGGCUUUAAUAAGGAAUAUAAAAAAGGCGGAGCGGGAGAAACAAUUGACCGGUAUGAAGGUAGCUAGAGUGUGUCCAGAGGUGUCUCAUCUGUUAUUUGCAGAUGAUAGUUUGUUCUUUUGUAAGGCAAACAAAUAUGAAUGUCAAACUAUUCUCAGGAUAUUAAAGGAUUAUGAGGCUGUAUCCGGAUAACAAAUAAAUUUCCAGAAAUCCUCAAUCCAAUUUGGACAUAAGAUUGAGGAAUCAAGCAGUCAGGAAUUGCGAGACAUAUUGGGGAUUCAGAAUUUAGGAGGAAUGGGAUCUUAUUUAGGUUUACCGGAAAGUCUAGGAGGAUCGAAGGUUCAAGUGUUUGGUUUUGUACAAGAUCGUCUCAAUAACAGGGUGAAUGGUUGGACUUUUAGAUUUUUUACCAAAGGGGGAAAAGAGGUAAUUAUCAAGUCGGUGAUAACUGCGCUACCAAACCAUGUGAUGUCGGUGUACAGAUUACCGAAAGCUAUAGUGAAGAAACUAACGAGUGCAGUAGCUCAGUUUUGGUGGAGCCCAGGAGGAAGUACAAGGGGAAUGCACUGGAAAUCAUGGGAUAAAUUAUGUGAACAUAAGGAUAAUGGUGGACUAGGUUUUAAAGAUUUAAAUGAUUUUAACACGGUAAUGCUUGGAAAGCAAUUGUGGAGGCUGAUAGAGAAACCAAACUCUCUUUUCUCUCGAGUUUUUAAAGGACGGUAUUACAGGAAUGCUUCACCCCUGGAACCGAUUCGCUCAUACUCCCCGUCGUAUGGAUGGAGGAGUAUCAUCUCAGCUAGAUCUCUGGUUUGUAAAGGACCAAUUAAAAGGGUGGGCACAGGGUCAUCUAUUUCAGUAUGGAAUGAUCCUUGGCUCCCAUCCACUCGCCCGAGACUAGCUAACAAAAACCUUCAUAAUAGUUACCUGGACCUUACAGUGGAUUCCCUUAUUCAUCAGGACUCCCGCACUUGGAAUUUACAGGCACUUAGGACUUUGGUGGAACCCAACAAUGCGAAAUUGAUUGAGAGUAUUCCUCUGAGUAGAAAUCAAAUGGAAGACAGGAAUGGUUGGCAUUUCACUAAUAAUGGGAGAUAUACGAUACAAUCAGGGUAUCAUGUCGAAAGGAUAUAUCCAUAUAAGGAAAAACCACCGGAGUUUUAUGGCCCUAAUGUGGAUAUUCUCAAGGCAUUCUGCUGGAAAGUGAAAUGCCCUCCAAAGAGUUUUAUGGCAGUUGCUGACAGGUUGUAUAGCAGUGACAAAGAAUUUAAAAUCAAGGGGAAUAAAAGGAGAUACAGUUUGUGCAUGGUGUGGAGACCCAGAGGAAUCAAUAAAUCAUGCUUUCUUCGAGUGUCCUCCGGCACGUCAAGUGUGGCCACUAUCAAAGAUUCCAUCAAACCCGACAUUAUUCCCUAUUGGUUCUCUAUUCGCUAAUAUGGAUCACUUAUUUUGGAGAAUCAACCCGAAAAUGGAGGGUCAUCAGUUUGCAUGGAUAUUAUGGUACAUUUGGAAGGAUAGGAAUAAUAAGGUUUUCAGUAAUAUAGAUACGGAUCCGAGGGAGACGCUUAAAUUAGCAGAAUUGGAAUCCACACUUUGGGCAGAGGCACAGAUGAUCAAUAAUUCAAGGGUGGCGCCUGAAGUACAGAUCCAAUCACAUUUAGGGAACGCAGGACGAUGGUGUUUCACGGAUGGUUCUUGGAAAGAUAAAGAUUCUUUCACAGGACAAGGAUGGUUCAGUACCAUUCCGGGGUUUGAAGGUUUACUAGGGGCAAGGAAUGUAAGGGCAAGUCUCUCACCUCUUCAUGCGGAGAUGGAGGCAUUAAUCUGGGCAAUGGAAUGUAUGAAAAACUUGCGACAGUACGGGGUCACGUUUGCAACGGAUUGUUCCCAACUGGUGAAGAUGGUUUCAGAACUAGAGAAAUGGCCAGCAUUUGAAAGUUACCAGGAGGAUAUUAAGCUUUUGAGAAGAAGCUUCACCAACUAGGAUAUUGUUCAUGUUCCUAGGACGAAUAAUACAAUGGCGGAUCGCUUGGCACGCAGUGCUCGGAUACAACCGUCGUUCGUCGUACACAUGGAUGCAGAGUUGCCAGUUUGGUUUACAGAGUCCACAUGAGUUUGUAGAUACUUUUGUUGUCAAAAAAAAAAAAAGUUUAUGAGAUUAAUUGUUGUUUUAUCAGUAAAGAGUAUUAUAGUAAUUAGUAGGUAGGAAUGAAUGCAAUAAGUAAAUAUGAUAUUUUUGUAUUUCACUUUUUUACGUCCAUAUAUCUGGUAUUUUUUCUUUAUAUUGUAUUGAACAUAAUAUGUUUUUUAUUUCUUAAUGGUUUUAUUAUAUUUAAUUGUUGUAAGAGUUCGUUUAUAUUUUUUUUAACUUACUUCAAGAAAGUUUCCGGAAUAAUAAUUGGGGAUUCUGUAUGUACCCGAGGUAGUUUUGUUUUUCAAAUAAGACACCUUAUAUGUGAAAAAAUGAAAUACUUUAAUUUAGUAAAACGGUAAAAGAAAUUCAAACAAAGCAAGAGCAGAAAUCUUAAUAAAAACUGAAACAGAAAUUCAAAGAAGAAAACGGGAAUGAUAGCAGUAGAUGGGCUUGACUCUGAAGCUCCCAUCAAAUAAAGUCAAUAAACUUCAGCACUUGCUUGUAGCGAAAGCAACGCUUGCACCGAGUAUCCAGAUCAUUGACGUGGCACCUUUUGGAGGGUUUAAGGAGCAGCAUGUUUCGGACAUAUCGCUUCUUCAUGGAAAUGUCAAAAUGGCGCAGAGAUCUCCUAAUCCUCCUCCAGCAACGAUCAACUUGUUGUUUGUUGUCCCUCCAGCCUAGAGUAGCCAUGUACCGUUUCCCUUCUUUCAGGUUUCCUCUGGACAGCAUAAGCAGACCAUACAUGUACGUAGCGUUUGCGUAAUCUCCAUCAGCGGAACUGCGAAGGUGGAAUAGUCCUUUGGCAGUGUUCCCAAAGUGAAAAUACUCCUUCAAGCCCUCGAUAUAGUGGGCUUCAGGAUUAUUUUCCUUCAGGCACAUCUCCAUUAGGGCAGUAUGGUCUUCGAGCGUAUUGAGAGGAUGGUCCGAGAAGUAGCCAAGGUCAAGAUUUUUGAAAGACGAUGGUGAUGCUGCUCCUGGAACGGCAUUGUACGACAGCGAUGAGUUUUCGGCAUUUUCAUGUUGGGUUGACACAGCCAAAGGUGGGAUUGUUUCGGGGGAUUGGUUGGUUUCGUCAGGGAAGACGAUGUAGUCAUCUUGUGGGGAAGCCAUGGCUUUGUGUUUAUUUCUGAGUUUGUAUAUUUUGGGAGACAAGCUUCGGUGUUAUAUAUAUUUUUGGGAUGCUUAUAACAAAGAUCUCGUGAGUUAAAUGUAUAUCGUGUGUUUUAAAAGAGGGUCUGAUCUUACUGCGUAGUUAUAGGGAUUUGAUUUAGGCAUGAUUUGCUCUGUCAGUGAUUUUUGUGUGAAUUCUAAGGUUAUGUGUAAUUUUUAUGAUUAGAGUUUAUAAAUCAAUAAUUAGCGGUCCUCACUUGUCGGACUUUAUUCUAAUUUAUCCUACUACCUCGUACAAAAGUUCUAAUAUGCACCACUUAUAAAAAGUAUUUUCUUUUUGGUUUUCUUUUAAGUCGAAAACACAUCUAAAUACGAUAAACCCCUUAGUGAAUCUUCAGAAUUACCAACCCAAUCACAAUACUACCGGGUUAUCUACCCAGAUCCGAUUCAAAUGGAUUUUUUCCUAAAAUUUAAUUAAAAAUAUAUAUUUUCCUUUUUCAUCUCUCUCUCCCAUUGUCUCGUCGUCUUCUUUCUCCUUCACAAUUUUUUCUUCUUCUGAUUUUUUCUUCUUUCUCUGAUUUGUACAGCAGAGUAUUUUAUCCUUCGUAUUUGAUCACAUUCUCGUUGGAGAAUUCAUUCAGUAUGGAUUUUCGUACUAUCUUCUCAUUGGGUAGCGACAGUUUGGUGUUAGUUUAUCUAGGGAUUGGUUCGGGUUGAUUUGGUUUGAAACUACGUCGACCUUGGAAACUACAUGGGAAUUGUAUGCUUCGAUUUGGAGGAAGAUGAGAGAUUUGUUGUUGCUUUAUAUGUAAAUGAAUCAGAGAGAGAGAUAAAGUCCUAUGUGGGCAUACAUAUUUGUCUUCAUAGUGUUGGCCAGUGACCAUAGGACUGAUAAUGGUUGGAUGGCUGCGCUUUUGUGCGUUGAGAGAUUGAAGACGCUGAUAAUCUUGUCUUGUAGGAAGAGGGAUCCUUGUCCUGGACCGAAGAAGUUGCUGGGUUCUUGUCCGGCUCUCGAGAGUUUACAACUCAAAAGGUUUGUUACCAUGUUCGCUUGGUGUGUUUAGGAUGUUCUACUUCUUCUUAGAGUCAGACAGCACGCCAUUUUUCUCAUCCGCUGCGUUUUCUUUCCACUCUUCCUCUGCACUCUCUUCAUUCAGAUCAUCAGCAGUGUUGAGUGGGCCUUUUGUAUUCUGAUCCUGCUGUUUACUGAACCUGAUUAGUGACUGUUAUACCAAUCAACAAUGAGCGGAGAAAAGAAGCAAAUUAAUCAAGAAGCAAGACUUGAUACAAAUGGUCAUCCACGGAAUGGUUACACGUCUGUCCACGAGUUCAAGGUCUAAGAAAGCUGAAGAAAAGUAAAAAAAAUUGAUAUAUAGAAGAGCGAAAAAGCAAGACUAUUGUUCUGAACUUGUCUAAAUGUAACUUAAAUUUUGGACGUUCGAUGUUUGUUGUUUAAAACGUCUUGGUUUAGACUAUUAGAAUAUUAGGUAUUAAUGUGUAAAACGAAAAUAUUUGGAUAAUUGAGUUUUUUAGGUGUUAUUAAAAAAACUAUUUUUUUUAGAAAA